AUAUUAUUCCUCCCCCACAUAUAAAUUUUUUUUUUUAAUAAUAAUAAAACCCUAAUUUUAUUUUAAAAAAUGUCUUCUACUUAUCUUGAUGCUUCUACUGCAAAUGCUGUAUUAAAAGAAUAUGGCCGUCGUGAUGGUUUAUCUAUUGAAGCUUUAAUGGAUGAACAGUUAAGUGGUGGCUUAACAUAUAAUGAUUUCUUAAUUUUACCUGGUUAUAUUGAUUUUGCUGCUGAAAAGGCAUCUUUGGAAUCCAAGAUCACAAAGAAAAUUACCUUAAAGACACCUUUCUUGUCUUCCCCUAUGGAUACUGUCACAGAGGCUGAAAUGGCCAUUUCCAUGGCACUUUUAGGUGGUAUUGGUAUUAUUCAUAAUAAUUGUUCUGCUGAGGAGCAGGCCAAGAUGGUCCGUACCGUCAAGAAAUAUGAGAAUGGUUUCAUUGUGGAUCCUGUUGUUUUAUCUCCUGAUCAUACAGUUGCCGAUGUGAAAGAAAUUAAGGCCAAAUCUGGUUUUUGUGGAGUUCCUAUCACUGAAAAUGGAAAGUUACAUAGCAAGUUGGUUGGUAUUGUAACUGCUCGUGAUAUUCAAUUCCAUAAUCAAGAUGAUACACCUUUAAAGGAAAUCAUGACUACUGAUCUUGUCGUGGGUCGUGAAGGAAUUACAUUGUCUGAAGCCAACCAUAUCUUGUGUGCUUCCAAGAAGGGUAAACUUCCUAUCGUUAACUCUGAAGGCUCUCUUGUUGCUCUCUUGUCUCGUUCUGAUCUUCUCAAGAAUCAAAACUACCCUAAUGCUUCUAAGGUGGCUCAAUCUAAACAACUCCUUGUAGGUGCUGCUAUCGGUACUCGUCCUGAUGAUAAAGAUCGUCUUGCUCUUCUUGUUGAGGCCGGACUGGAUGUUGUCGUUCUUGAUUCCUCUCAAGGUAACUCUAUUUAUCAAAUCGAAAUGCUUCGCUGGAUCAAGCAAACCUAUCCCAAUUUGGAAGUGAUUGCUGGUAACGUCGUGACUCGUGAACAAGCAGCUAACUUGAUUGAAGCCGGUGCAGAUGGUCUUCGUAUUGGUAUGGGCUCUGGUUCUAUCUGUAUCACUCAAGAAGUCAUGGCCUGUGGUCGUCCUCAGGCUACUGCUGUCUAUCGUGUCUCUGAAUUCGCUCGUCGCUUUGGUGUUCCCACCAUUGCUGAUGGUGGUAUUGGUAAUGUCGGACAUAUCAUCAAGGCAUUAGCUUUAGGUGCUAGCGCGGUGAUGAUGGGUGGUCUUUUGGCAGGCACGACUGAAACUCCUGGUGAAUAUUUUUAUCAUGAGGGACAACGUCUUAAACGUUAUCGUGGUAUGGGUUCAUUGGAUGCCAUGAGUCAAAAAUCAGGUGAUAAGGAUGGUGGUAAUGCUGCUACAAAACGUUAUUUCUCUGAGGGGGACGCUGUAAAGGUUGCUCAGGGUGUUGUUGGUAAUGUUGUUGAUAAGGGUUCUGUUCGUAAAUAUAUUCAAUACCUUGUUACUGGUGUUCAACACUCUCUUCAAGAUAUUGGUUAUAAUAGUGUUAAUGGAAUGAAAGAUGCCGUGUAUGAGGGUAAGGUACGCUUUGAAAAGAGAACUGCUGCUGCUCAAAUGGAAGGUGGUGUUCAUGGUCUUCAUUCUUUUGAAAAGAAACUCUUCUCUGCUUAGAAUAUUUUCUAUAUCUAUUUAUCUAUAUCUAUAUCUAUAUAUUGUUUGCAUUUAUUUACUUGUAUCAUUUUUUUUUUUUAUUUUGUUUUAAAAGUGCAUUAAUAAAAAAUAGGUUUUCCUUAUUUAUAAAAAGAAAAA